AGCCAGGCAGCCAGGCAGCCAGUCAGCCAGUCAGCCCAACAGCAGCAGCCACUGGAGCCGGCCGCUCACAGCAGCCCGCGUCUAUGGGACACUGAGGACUUCAUCUCCCAGACCGGAGCCGCGCACACACAGGACACACAUUGGUUUAUACAACGCCUUGUUUUCUUUUUAUCGCUCUUCUUCUUCUUCUUCUUCUUCUUUUUUUAAUUCGUCGCGCAAAGGAACUUUUUUUGAAUCUCAUUUUCAUUCAGAAACUUUCACUUAUGGUUCGCGAAUAUGGGGUCAAGUUGUGGUUUCUCUCGGGGAAACAUCGUUGUGGUGCUGCUGCUGCUGCUGUUAGAAGGAGCGACAGGGCUGUACUUCCCUCAGAAUGAGUACAUUGAGACUGUGUAUGUUGGCCAGCAGGCGGGGACGCCGAUCCUCCAGGUCCACGCCAUGCUGGACAGCGACUCUGAGCGGCCGCACUUCUACCUGUGCUGGAAGAGCUCUAUCAGACGCCCAGCCUACAGCUCCUGGUUCAACAUGGACGUCAAUACAGGAAUACUGUAUCUGAACAAAACCUUGGAGGAGAGUGACUUCGCCUUGCUGAAUCAACACUCGUGGUCGGUGAUGAAGUUGUUCCUGUAUGCCACUGUGUUACCCAACUUCACCAAGAAGUCCCAGUGCAUCAGAAACUACCCUCGGCUCACACUGGACUUUGUCAACGCCACGAUGCCUCAUUGUGCUCAGACGGACAUGAAGGAACUAUGCUUCCCGCACAGAGACACCUCCAACCCCCACAUCAUGGAGAACAGGUUCCCAGGGGCCCUACGGCAACUCCGACGUCUCACCAGACUCAACGUUUGCCCCAACUACACCAUCUCAUACAAUGUGCAAUCAGAUACCCCAGCACCAUUUGCUGUAAAUGGGAACACCACAGAGCUGGUGGUGACGGCUCCGUUGGACCGCGAGGAGAGCGAAUGCUACCGACUCCUGCUGGUUUGCACAGUCCGGACAGAAACACUGAUCACCAAGGUGGAAACUUCCCUGGAUGUUUAUGUCAACGAUGAGGACGAUAACGCACCCUACGUGAAUGGAACAGACACAGCAGAUAUUAUCAUCAGCUUCAAUCGGACAAAGGGUGGCUCUUUUGGUGCUUUGUUCGUCUUUGACAGGGAUUUAACCCCCAUCUACCCCAUAGACCAGAGUCACAAUAAGUAUGUGGGGACCUUGCUCAAUAAUGAGCCAUGGAUAAAGGAAACAUUUGACAUAAAGGGCACCUUCAGUGAAAAGAAAGCUGCUCUUGGAGGAAUUCGAGAGACCGUCCACGACUACCAGCUAGUCCUGAAGAAGAACCUGUAUGUGACCGAGAAUCGCACCCUGCAGCUGGAUUACCUGGUCAAUGACACCACCUACCCAGGUCUAGAGGGAACAGUGUUGCUGCACUUCAACGUCACCAUCUUACCCGUCCACAUCCGCUUCGCCAACAUCACGCACAUGUACACAUUGACACGCAGAGCUUCUGUUUACGCUCAGGUGGGCAGAGUCUGUGUGGAAAACUGCCAGCAGUUCGAUGGCUUCAGGGUCACAUACCAGCUCGAGGUGCCAGAUAAGAACAUGUCUGCUGAUGUGCAGUCCUGCUAUGCAGCCGUAGGCAUCACCCAGGCCCCCGACGAGAUGUGGGGACUGCUCUAUGUGAACGACUCGGAGGCACUGCGCAGGCCCGAGUGCCAGGACCUGCAGUACCUUGUUGUAGCCCAGGAGGAGAACUCACAGCUAGAGGCCAGCACGCAGCUCCACAUCAUACUAGAUGGUGAAGCAAACAAGGCCAGUCAGGAGAGCCAGCAGUUCCUGUCCUGUGCAGAAAACAGACGACGAGGAGAAUGUGAGUCUGUCCGAGGCCUCGGAGCCACAACAGGGAGAUGCCAGUGGAGGCAAGGCUCUGAAAAAGGAAUAUCUGAAAAUUACUCGACCUGCUCCCCUGACCUUCGGACAUGUCCAGAUAGCUUUUGCGAUGCAGUUGAAAGCAAAGAUACAUCAAUAUGUCCACAAGACUGUACAAAGGAAACUGUUACUGGAGGUCAUGAACGAGGCUUGAGGAACGGGAUCCAGGCUGGCUAUGGAACCUGCUACUGCUACGCUGAGAGAUGCUUCUGUGAGAAGGAAGAUAUUGAGGAGGCGAUAUGUGACGACAUGUGCAAGACCAUCAUUGCCACGGCUCUGCUCCUCUCCUUCAUCGUCUCCAUCCUCCUGUCCUCAUUCUUCAUCCACCGGUACCACAAGAACUCGCCUAAACCCCCAAUCGCCUCUGCUGAGAUGACUUUCCGCCGGCCAGCUCAGGCUUACCCCAUCAGCUUCCCUGGUAACUUACGCCGCGGCUCGCAGGAAUCCAUCGAGACCGAGACCUUUAAAAUACCUGAGGAUCCUAAGUGGGAAUUUCCUCGUAAAAACCUUGUACUCGGCAAGACUUUGGGAGAAGGAGAGUUUGGGAAAGUUGUCAAGGCAACAGCAUUCCGGCUGAAAGGAAAAGCUGGUUACACCACUGUGGCUGUGAAAAUGCUUAAGGAAAACGCCUCCCAUAGUGAGCUGCGUGACCUGCUGUCAGAAUUCACUUUACUGAAGCAAGUCAACCAUCCGCACGUCAUAAAGAUGUAUGGAGCGUGCAGCCAGGACGGUCCACUGUAUCUGAUCGUGGAGUAUGCCAAGUAUGGUUCGCUCCGCAACUUCCUACGCGAGAGUCGGAAAGUUGGCCCCAGCUACAUGGGCAGGGACACCAACAGAAACUCCAGCUACCUGGAGAACCCAGACGACAGGGCGCUAACCAUGGGUGACCUGAUCUCUUUUGCAUGGCAGAUCUCCAGAGGCAUGCAAUACCUGGCCGAAAUGAAGCUUGUUCACAGGGACCUUGCGGCACGAAAUGUCCUCGUAGCUGAAGGACGAAAGAUGAAGAUCUCAGACUUUGGCCUCUCCAGAGACGUGUACGAAGAAGACUCCUAUGUUAAGAGGAGCAAGGGCCGUAUACCUGUUAAAUGGAUGGCAAUAGAGUCCUUGUUUGAUCACAUUUACACAACACAAAGUGACGUCUGGUCCUUCGGUGUGCUGUUGUGGGAGAUAGUGACACUGGGAGGAAAUCCAUACCCAGGUAUCGCUCCUGAACGCCUCUUUAACCUGCUUAAGACUGGCUACAGGAUGGAGAGACCAGAGAACUGCUCGGAGGAAAUGUAUAACCUCAUGCUUCGGUGCUGGAAACAAGAACCAGACAAGAGGCAGACAUUCUCAGACAUCAGCAAAGAACUGGAAAAGAUGAUGGUGAAAAGUCGGGAUUACCUGGACCUGGCGGCGUCCACGCCUGCCGACGCCCUGCUGUACGACGACGCCCUCUCUGAAGAGGACACACCACUAGUGGACUGUAAUAACGCCCCUCUCCCUCGAACCCUCCCCUCCACAUGGAUUGAAAACAAGCUCUAUGGCAUGUCAUACCCGAACUGGCCUGAGAAGAGCCCGGUACCGCUCAACAGACAUGAUGCCACUAAUCCAGUCUUUACAAGAUAUGCCAAUGAUAGUGUUUAUGCAAACUGGAUGGCUUUGCCUUCACCCGCAAAAGCUGUGGACAAGCUUGAUAGCUAAAGACAAACCAACAUUGUAGAAAAGAUGACUAAUUGGUAGAUGUGUAUAUUUCUAUAAGACUGUACAUAUACAAUCUGAUGCUAAAGUUGGUUCCCUUUUAUUUCUGUUGCACGGGUAUUCAACGUUUAAAAACUGGGAUCUUUUUGCUGUGAGAGCGGCAGGAUCAUUGUAGACCACGCUUCAUUCAGCUCUUCAGUAUGUUAAUUGUUACCUCACAGGUCAUGUUGGCCAAGUUGUAUCACUGCAUGACUAUUGUACCAGAUUGUAUGCCAGUGUCAAUGUCUUUUAAGUGCCUGUGCCGCUUCUACAAUAGCCUCUAAUUAUUAAUGUGCGACUGUGAAGAUCUUGUUCCAGCCCAGGAAUUAAAGGGGACUUCUUUACCAUCACCUGCUGUAGACAGCUGGGAUUGAGUGGACAAAAGCAAAGAUGCUGAACUUGUUCUGAAAAUGUAAAGUUUCUACUUUAGAGGGUUGUGCUCCUCAAAAUGUCAAAGACCCAUUUUGUGAUUCUCCCACAAGAUGUUUCAAAGCUGUUCUUGCCAAAGAAAAGUAACACAGACAUGACCAGUGAACAGUUUUCUUGCUUUUGUUCUUGUUUUUUUACAUGAAAGAUAUCAACUAGUGAGUGCUACUCCAGUGUAAGGACUCGAGACUUAAUGUAGAUUGUGACCAUGUCUCGUGUCGGACUACAGUUCACUUUUUGAUUCACUGUAAUGGCAAUCUUUGUGGAAAAUGUAUGAUUAUGUAAACUAAUAAGUGUUAUCAUUGUUUUGUUAUGAUUUGAUUAUGUUCCAAUUAUUAAUAAACGUAAAAAAUGUGCAGAAGGUCUAUUCCCCUUAUGUCUUUAAAAAUAGAUAGUAAGCUUCUGUUUACUGAUUAUUUAAAUGAUCAUUUUUAUUUACAGUGUUCAAAAUGCAACUUAUGUUUGGUGGUUCACAUAAAUUAUAUAUAUAUAUUUAUAACAUUACAAAACAAGGUUUAGUCUCAGUUCACCUCCAGACAUGAUUUGGCCUAAAUCAUUAUUAAAUAUUUGGGAAGCAUUUGUCCACAGAAGCCAUUUCAUGUGUAAUAUAUGUUCAAUGUCUCAGAAUGAUGCAAGCGUGUGCCUUUUUUUUUUUUAAUUGCCACUCAGCCGAGUCUCAGCUCUGCUCUGUUUUUGGCUGUAAGCAAAUAUGUAUUUUGAAAAGCUGAUAAAGUUUUUAGUUUUUCUGAGAUUUGUGUUUCAGUGUAAUUUCAGCAUAACAUUCAAAAGCCUGUUUACUUUAUUGGUUAUAACCAUACAGUCUAUGGAUUUAACAUACUGUAAAACUUGAGAUAAAGUUUUGAAUAAAGAUGUCUUACGUAGGCAUAGGAUGAUAUAUUGGAUCUAGGAUGUAGGAUUCUUAUAAGAUUUAAAUAUACACAAUAAAAUAUUA